AUGGAGGAGCCUGAACAGGGUAUCAGGGAGACGCUGGCAGUAAGAAUUCAGGAUUCCAGAGAAAAUGACUUCAUUGAAAUUGAACUGCACAGACAAGAGUUAAGUUAUCAGAACCUACUCCAGGUGAGCUGCUCUGAACUGGGGAUUCUCCCAGAACAAGUGGAGAAGAUGAGGAAGCUGCCAAACACACUGCUCCGGAAGGACAAAGACAUUCAAAGACUCCAGGACUUUCAGGAGAUAGAACUCUUGGUGAAGAGUGGAAACCCUGACUGGACUCAGCACACAGCAUUACCUCGGACAGAGACACCAUGCUACAAUAGUAAUGCUGCCAAAAUGACUUACUAG